AUGUCGAAUAUAACAGUAUGCGCUCGCUUCAGGCCGUUGAGUUCAAAAGAGAGAAAAGACAACAGCGACAGCGUUUGCAUUCGCAGUAAAGACACCGAAACUUUCAUUUUCAAGGAUGAGAAAGAAGAGGAGAGUACAUUUAGCUUUGAUAGAGUGUUUUACGAGGAAUCUGUGCAAGCUGAUGUGUACGAGUUUUUAGCUCUGCCUAUUGUUCGAGAUGGCUUUAUUUUGUAUGAAGCAGAUGCUGUUAUGGGAGUAAAUGGAACAAUCAUUACUUAUGGACAGACUGGAGCGGGGAAGACAUAUUGCAUGGAGGGACCUUGCAUUCUAGAAUGUGAUGAGCAAAAGAAAGGAUUACUUCCAAGAGUAGUGGAUGGACUAUUCGAGUGUAUUAGCUAUGCUGAUGAGUCAACAAAGUACACAAUCAAAUUAUCAAUGGUAGAGGUCUACAUGGAGAAAGUCAGGGACCUACUUGAUUUAACAAAGGACAACAUACAGAUUAAGGAGAACAAAGUGCAAGAAAUAUUGCUAUCAGGAGUUACAGAGAUCACUGUAUCAGACCCGGAAGAAGCUUUGCAAAGCCUAUCUGUAAGACACAAAGUUGCUUGA